GCAUGAAGACGCAUAUUUACAGUUGGACCCGCACGUUUAUCAUCGUUAGAACUGUAAUGCAUCUCUGCCACUUCGAGGCUUCAAGGCUGUACCUUUGCAGAGCAGUCGUUGGACCUUCCACUCUAUGUACCAUACACGGGGCCAAUCUAUAUAUGAUACCUCCAGACGUCGAUUUCAUUCAUUUGUGAGCUACAGCUAUAUUUCAUCCCUUGCAAAAUCACACUUGACCUAGACCACUUCAGAGCACUCUGCUUUCACAAGGCCCCAAGCGUUGCUAUAGACUCCAAACAGAGUCACACAUAGUCCAGACUUGAAUCCGGGCGAGAUUGCUGACACUGCAGAAAAGAGACAUUAAGCUUGGCCGGCCAAGAAUAUGACAUGGCUCUGGCCUCUGCGGAUCCCAGCUACAGUGCUUGGCAUCUUCAGCACGCACUAUGAAAACAAGCAUCUCUCUUGUGGGAGCGUUGGCAUCAUCUGUACGCUCAAAAGCAACUCUGUUAGAGCGUCUGAAAAAGCAGCCUACUGUUCUAAGACUCUGUACGCACACCAAUGACUGCCAAAACACACUCUGCGAAAAGCCCUCCUCUCAAGAAAGGGGCCCUGUCAUUGAACUGCAGGGCAUAAACUGUCAGUCGUGACAGAAAGCUCAUCAAACAAAUGAAGAAUCUGAAGGAACAAAACGAUGCUAUCUAUCUGGCAACAGUGCUGCGCUCAUCCCUUGCCCACCUGCUUUUAGCUUUUUCACAGUAUCACACUCUCACACUGUCACUCUCGGCACUCAAACUUCCAGUGUAUGCACGCAUAAUUAGCUGAUGCAUAUUUGCGGGCUAGGCCUGUUUGCCUUCGGUCAGCUCAGCUGACUGAAGUGUGAUGUCCUCGCUUGCUGGUCUCAUAGGGGAAUAGCUGAAUCCCAGUCAUCUAUGCAUCCUUACCGGACCUCAUUUGGGCCGAAAUCUUUGCAGGGGUAUUUCUCAACCCCGAGGGCUGUGACAAGUGUGAGCUAGCUGAGUGGGUGCCUCUCCGAUUCGAUUAUCCCUAGCAUGCUCUCCUUGCCGUUGAAGCCUCUGACCAUUCAUCCUUCGUUCGCGGACAGACGCAGCUGCUUGUAGAAGGGCUUCUUGCAGCACCGAUCUGGCAGCUGCAAGCUGGCUACUACUGCGCCUGAUCCCCCUGGGAGCUGGCUCAGGCGGGUCGACCUUAGUGGUGGUUGAAUCCUGGGAGGUCCGCUGCUCUUGCAAGCCAGCCAUCUACUCCUUGUCGAGACCACCCUAGGCUUUCCCCUGGAGUGCUAAGGAAACACUCGUCUUGCAACCUUAAAGGCGAUCAAUCACCCACCUGAUUGAAUUGGGUUGAUGCCACGAGUCAAUAAAUUCUGGGAAUUUCC